AUGAAUGCAUCACUAAACAUAAUCCACGUGUCACGAGUCACACCUUCAACCUCUGACUCAUCCGAGUCCCUCAGUCUCCCACUCACCUUCUUCGACCUUCUCUGGCUCAAACACAAAGCGGUCGAACGAGUCAUCUUCUACCAACUCACCCACGCAACUCGCUCUUUCUUCGACUCAGUCAUCGUCCCCAAUCUCAAAUCCUCUCUCUCCUUGUUCCUCUCUCACUACCUCCCACUAGCCGGGAAACUCAUCUGGGACCCACUUGAUCCAAAGCCGAGGAUCGUCUACUCUCCAAACGACGCCGUUUUCUUCACCGUCGCUGAAUCAAACUCCGAUUUCUCCCGAUUAUCCGGUAACGAAACGUUCCCUGCCUCCGAUCUAUACCCAUUAGUACCCGAGUUACGAGUCUCCGACGACUCAGCCUCCGCCGUGUCGUUUCAAGUCACUCUGUUCCCAAACCAAGGGUUUUGCAUCGGCGUAACCACACACCAUGCCGUUUCAGAUGGAAAAACGACGACCACUUUUCUCAAAUCCUGGGCCUACACAUGUAAACAACCAAACGAUCCUCUACCGGAGGAUCUAAUUCCGUUUUACGAUCGAACGGUCAUAAAAGGUCCGACGAAUAUCGAUACUAAGGUCUUAAACACUUGGCACUCCAUUGAUAAACCCAGAAGCUUGAAGCUUAUACCGAAGCCGCCGGCGAUUAAUUCCGACGUUGUCAGAUUCACAUUCGAACUCACUCGAGAAGGUAUCCAGAAGCUUCGAGAUCGACUCAAGAGAGAAUCGUCUUCAUCCUCAAAGGAGCUUCGAUUGUCGACGUUUGUGGUUACAUUCUCUUACGCCUUCACUUGUUUGAUCAGAUCCAGAGGCGAUGAUGAUCCGAAUCGAUCCGUCGGAUACAGAUUCGCGGUUGAUUGUCGAAACCUAAUCAAUCCGCCGAUUCCGGCGAGUUAUUUCGGUAACUGCGUUUUCUCUGCUGUGAAAAUCCCGUUAAAGGCGGGAAUGUUUCUGGGCAAAGAAGGGUUUUUGGCUGCUGCGAGAUUGAUCAGCGACUCGAUUGAGGGAUUGGAUUCAAAUGUGGCGUGGAAGAUCCCGGAGCUUUUGGAAACGUUCGAGAAUGCUCCGGCGGAAUAUCUGUUAGUGUCGGUUGCUGGGUCGACCCGGUUUGGAGUAUACGGUUUGGAUUUCGGGUGGGGGAAACCGGUUAAGGUUUCGAUAGUGUCGAUUGAUCAGAGAGGGAAGAUAUCGAUGACGGAGAGUAGAGAUGGAAACGGCGGUGUGGAGAUUGCCUUCGCCCUCAAGAAACAAGAAAUGGACGUUCUUAUUGACUUGCUUCAUGAAGGAGUUCAAAACUAA